AUGGGCGAACCCGAGCAGUCGCCUCGCAGACGCCAUAUACUUUCCUCUAUCAACCCUGACAAGCCGAAAAGCCGAAGGAGGAGUCGAUCUCCCGAAUCGCGAUCACCAGUUGACGUCAAGAGAGAGCCGUCACUCGAUGCGCCAUCAGAGCACACCGACGCCCAGCGCAACGAUAAAGAUGACGAAGGGGAUACCGCAGCGCCGAGGCGCUCACGCAUCCGGCUGAAGGGUCACCAUAGAUCUCGUAGAAGAUCGCGAGACAGACAUAGGCAUCGAGAUUGCGUUGAUGAUGAUGAUGGCGACAGGCACGGGCGUUCAUCUGACCGUCACCGCCGACACCGACACCGUCGGCGACAUCGCUCUCCCACACCAAAUAACCCUCAUGAACCAGAGCCUCUAGAUCCCGACGCAGCAUUUCGUGAAUCCCUAUUCGAUGCCAUGGCCGACGAUGAGGGCGCUGCGUACUGGGAAAGUGUAUAUGGCCAACCCGUCCACGUCUACCCCAACGAGCGCGUAGGGCCUACAGGUCAUCUAGAGCAAAUGACAGAUGAAGAGUACGCUUCCUAUGUACGUCAGAAGAUGUGGGAAAAGACAAAUGCUGGCCUGCUCGAGGAGCGUGCUCGCCGUGAAGAGGCGAAGAAGCGCAAAGCCAACGAGGAUCGUCGCGCACAGAAACUCCAAGAGGACAUGGAAUAUAGUAUCCGCCGUGGAGAGGAGCGCAGAGAACGUCGACGUUGGGAACAACGAUGGGAAGACUACACGAAAGCUUGGGCAAGCUGGGAUGGCACACCUACGGAAAUUGCAUGGCCGGUUGGAGGCGGUCGUAUAGAAGACGUGGAUGAGCCAAAUGUGCGCAAGUUCUUGGUCAAUGGACUGAACCCACAAGAGAUAGGAGAAAAGUCCUUUGUGGCUAAGCUCAGAGAUGAGCGUGUGCGAUGGCAUCCAGAUAAGAUCCAGCAAAAGCUGGGUGGACAGGUGGAUGAAGAGACCAUGAAGGGUGUGACGGCUGUCUUUCAGAUCAUCGAUAAACUAUGGACAGAGAGUCGGCCUAAAACAUGA